GUGUGUGUGUGUUUGCGCGUUUGUACGGUUCUUUGUAGCAAGAAUACAACACACUCCGCGCGCUCCGUGUCCAUUCUUGCUCGUUUGCCGUUUAUUUAUUUUUUUUGUUUCGGUCGGAAAGAAAGUGUGUGCGGAAGAUGAAUGAACCAAUUUACUGAGAAGCAGCAGCAGCAGCAGCAGCGAUACAGCAAACGGUUGUGUAUCCAUUUGGGGUCGGUUCGUGUCCCAUUGCGCUUGAUUUGGUGCUGGGUUCUUCUGGUGGCCGACGGGGUCUGCCUCUGCCAGUGACAGUUAUUGAGCAAUUUGAAUCAGUGUGAAUGGCUUUUGUGUGUGUGUGUGUGUGUAGUGUAGUGUUGAUUUCCAAGUGCUACUGCUGCUGCUGCUGAUGCUGCUAGUGCCGUAUACAUUACGCCGUCCUCCACCGUCCCGGCCGCGUGCGCAUCCGAGCGCAUAAGUGUGUAUUGAUUAUUGCUUACAAUUAUUGUUUUAUAUUUUUCUGUUGUUGUUGUUGCUGCUGUUCACCGAUAAUAGGAGUGAAAACGUGUUUAUUUUAUAGCCAACGCGGGCAACAAGUGUACAAGUGCGCGAAAGGGCUAGUGGCGAAGAAGCAAAACAACAACCAAAAAAAAAAAAAAGAGUAAUAAAAAGGUGCCAUUUGUCAGUGACUCAAUCCUUCGCACAGGGCCAGUAAGAAAAAAAAUCAACCCUCCUCUCUUCACUCUUCAUCAGCGGCGGCGUGCCGAGCGGGCUUGACGAACGAUGGUGGCGUUUAGCGAUCAAUCGUUAAAAUAUUAAAACCACGCGCACGCUUCACAUCACCACCACCACCACGGCUACGGGUAAGUGGAACGCGCGGGGAGCGAGUAGUGCAGUGAGGGGUGGCCGGGGCCUCCACCGAAUAAGUGCAACAAGGGUGGGGUGAGGUGAGGAGGCUCACGUUCUUCAGCUCAAGUGAUCUCUUCCUCCGGCCACCCAUCGGCAAACGGAGUGACAGUACGCGGCAGAAAAUGUGAUUCGUCGCCUACUAAUUAAAGUGUGUGUUACCGCAUUUUCCGUGUCGCCAUGGAGCGCUGCCCGUUUGCGCAAAAGGGGGAUGAACGCUUCGCUUGUGCGCUACUGCUCGAAAAGGUCGGCACUGCUUCUUGUGCGGCUAGUGCAAUUUAGUGCAGCGUCUGGAGCAGGAGCAAAACUCUAAAUUAAAUAAGCUCUGCGAAAAACACGUGUUACGGGUAUUUGAUGUGAUUCGUACGUACGUCGAGCUUAAGAUUGAUUGAAACCUGUUCGCCCCUCCCGCUCCCAGGCCCAGUGAACUAAAAAUGACCCAAGCGGAAGAGGUUCUAGAGGUGAAGAAUCUCUACCACAGCAACGUGCCGGAUGAUCAGCAUUCACCGAACCACAGUGACAAAGAGCACCAGCAGCAACCGCCCAGCAACAAUGAGUCAAACAAUCACAAUCCACCACGAUCCGUAUCGGUGGACAGGAUCUUGAAAAAUGGUGACCACAACGACGACACGGCCGAGGAUCACGACAUCAACCGAAGUAUCCCGCUCGCGCACAGCAAAGCACCGAGCGAUGAGUGGACAAAACAAACCCAGUGGCAUCCACACGUGUACGCGAACCCACCGAAGCAGCCACCGACACCGCACUCCAUCAUGGACAUUCUGGGGUGGAAGGGAACGGGCGUCGCUGCUGUUGGGACGCAAAAUUCCCAUGUCCCAGUGCGGGAAGACAAUCACACCAAACUACCGUACCGCAGUCUCUUCGACGCAGCCAGCAAAGAGGAAUGCCGUGAUGACGUUUCAUCCGCCUAUUACCGUCCAACCGAUGUCGAGGAGCAGCAGCAGCAGCGAUCGAUAGUCGAGGACGAGGACAACAUUACCGUCGAUCAGGACGAUGACAGCGAUGAGGACGAGAUCGAAGAGAAGCGGCCCAAUGUGGUCGAACGGACGCGCCCCAUGAGUCCCAACGAUGAACCGCUCAAUCUGUGCAUAGUGAAACACACCUCGUCGGCGGAUGUAACGCCUCCUGUGCGUAGAAAAACGCCCAGCUUAGGUCGGAAUUCUUUGGAACGUUUUCACGAGCGAAAAAUUAUGUCCGAAGAAGACUCCACGCAAGAAUCGACACGAUCCUCCUCGGUGCACUACCAUCAGCGACACACGCCGGCCCAUCUUACGCCGGCCCACCACCAGCAACGGCCGCGGAGCGUUGUGCCACCUCCAGCACUGGCCCACUCGAGCGAUGCCGACUCGGACAUCUGCAUGUCGAACGAUGACUCCUCGACGGCCGACGGCCACUUUAGCGCGGUCAACGAUGCUGUCGCCUCGGCCACAAUGACCAUGUCGACGCUGUUUUCGCUGCCGAAGCCGGCGGGCGUGCCGUCGAACGGUGUGACCGCCGGCGCCGUGCUGACCGAGGAGGAAACGACCACCACCAGCGUCCCUAGUCACCAUCGGCGCAAGAAGAAGGCCCGCACCACCUUCACCGGGCGCCAGAUCUUCGAGCUGGAGAAACAGUUCGAGGUGAAGAAGUACCUUUCGUCGAACGAGCGGACGGAAAUGGCCAAGCUGUUGAACGUUACGGAAACACAGGUAAAAAUAUGGUUUCAAAACCGGCGCACCAAGUGGAAAAAGCAGGACACGGCGGGCAGUGGCGAGGUGCCAGCCUCAUCCGGCGGUCAUGCGAUCCCCUCCUCCCCGUCGCCCCAUUCGCCGAAGGAUGCAACCAAAGGGAUCAGCAGCGGCAGCAACAGCAGCAGCAGCAGUGGCCGGCCACUGUCGAAUGCUGCCGUCGCCUCCAAACUGUCCGCCACGGAGCUCCCGGCACAUGGGCCGGCCUGGGUGAACGAGCUAGAAAGUGGACGACCACCGCCACCACCACCGGCACCGACCGCUUCGCAGCUGGGCAAAUCACGUGCGUACGCCAAAGCCAGUACCGCUGUAAGAAAAGGCAAACAACACCCGGAGCGACAUCUAUCGGUGGGGACCAGCGACCGACGAAGCGCGUCGUCGAGCAGUAGCGGCACCGCGAUGUCGAGCAGCCGAAGCAAUAGCGCCGCCGCCGCCGCCACGACCCCCACAACCGUCGAACAUCCCGGCCAACAAAUGGCACAGUCGGCAUGAUGUCGCAGCAAGCAGCCAGCCACGACCAGCCGGCGGAAACGCGGCAGGAAACCGUGUGCACCGCGUGCGCGCAUCCGUUAACUUCCCUCUUUUUGGCGUGCACCUUCUCCCGCUGCAUGCUUGCACGUAUCCCAGUUUGGCCCGCUCUGCCGUCGAAGUAUGUUAGUUUUCCUUGUGUGCCAUUUGUGUGGGACGGAAACGGUAAUUGGGAUGCUUCUUGGCGUGUGUUUUUUUACCCUCAGCAGACUGCAGGAAAGUAGGAGCAGAUAUUGCACGCGCAAAGCGUUGUGUUUGCGCACGCACCAGAGUGUGUGCUUUCUUGAACUUUAUUUUCGUGAACGAAAAAAUGCAUUAGAUGUAGGUUAGAAACAAACGCUACACGCUCUUGUGCAGGCGCGUGCACACACAAACCAGUAGGAAAGAAAAAAGGAAUUAAAAAAAACAAUUGAAUUCGGCGAAAAAUAGAGAAGGAAGAAAAAUGAUACGAAUUUUAUAUUAAGACCAAAGUAGAAAGUGUAUGCAAUUAAGGUAAAACAAAACGAAGAAGAAGAAGAUGAUGAUGAUGAAUUUAGACUGCUUGUCGAUCGGAACUAAUCCAAACAAAGUGAAGAGAGAAAUAAAAACAAAACACAUUUAAACCA